AAUGCAGAAAUGGUACAGCCCGGUAAUUCCUCAAGCCUGUGGGGGAUGACUAAAUCUGUCACUGGCAUCACUUCCUGGCAGCUGAGCCACAGGCGCGGGGUCUGGAUGUGUUUCCUCUGAGUUUUCCAUGUGGGUUGUGGUUUCCCUCAGUCCCACUCUCCCAGCAGUUCUCUAAACUUCCUUUCCAGCCACCGGACUUUUGAUUUUUACACUCCCGAGCAGAGAGAGAUAUUCCUACUGAUUGCUGCUAACUUGACGAGACAGAUGUGGCCGCAGUGAGCAUCCACCUGACGACGUAACAAGUACUACUGUACAUAGCAGGGACCUGAACUGCCCGACAAAGCAAUUGCAAGAUGGAGAAACGGAGCAAGUACAGAUCACGGGGAAGCCUGCCCCGGGACAGGGUUGCUCGCUACAGCUCUUCUGCGGACGUAUACAGCGAACACAGGUCGUGUGGAUAUAGUUCUGACGAGACUCUGAAAGCGUACGAGAAAUACGGCAAAUACGACAAAUACAAUGACAGAUAUGACCCUGCUUCUGGGGACAGGACAAGCAGAUCUAGUGCAGGCACGGAUGUGACUCUCACCGCAAACAGCCCACGCAAUAGUUCGGACAUCGGAGCUGCCUACAUUCCAAGCUUUGUCAGCGGAGCAGAGGGUGACGAGGACACAGACGGGGAAAACUUUGACUCCAACUUGGACGAACUCGCUAAGGCUAUGCGCUACUGGGAGCACCAGAACAAAGGCAGCAGCAGCGACCCACUGAGAGACUCUGUCCUGUCCUCGGACACAGAGAACGAGGGGCUGGAGGGCUGUGGCGACCGCAUGGCCGAUGCAGGUCUCCCUUCAUCACCCAGUGGUCCAACAGAGCUGGCUUCCCCAGUAUCUAGAACCUCCACACCCUCCCCAAACCCUGGGGAUACUCCCCACAGCAUGUCAGGGGAAAUUGCUCGCAAUACAAACUACUCGGAGAGCGAGGACGAGUUUGAGGGGUCAUUCCUGGUCCAGACAGCGUCGGGGAAUGUCUACGUGCCAACCUCCUUGCCUGACCAGGAGGGCUCGUGUCGAGCGCAGGAGGCUGAUCAGACGUCCACACGGAGAGAAGAGCCCGCAUCAGGAGAGGGCGACGUCCACUGGGCCCCAGACCCGCCAGACAGGCAACAGUUCCUGUACCACGCUGACACCGUCGGCUCCUCGGCGGCCGUACCACUACCACCCUACUCCCUGUACCCGAACGAGAGGCCGGUUUCUCUCACGUCCACGAGCACCUUCAAGAUGAAGCGCCCGUACCGGUGCAACUGGCGGUGUGCUGCCAUCGUCUUCAUGGUGGUGUCCUUCCUCCUGGCUGCUCUACUGGCUUACUUCUUAGCGAUGAGGCUGUUUGCGCUGAACUGGUCGCUGCAGCCGGACACCCAGCUGGUGAACCCUGUGAACGGUAUGGACCACACAGAAGACCCCAAGCCACUCUACACACCAGGGACGGGCACUGGAUUGAUACCGACGAGACAGCCGAACGUGAAUGCACUACCAGAGGACGUGAUUACGGGGCUGGUCCCCGUGGGGGGUAACGUGGAAGAGACGGUGCCGCCGUUUGCGUUCUGGCGGUCACAGCUGUACCUCAAGCAGCCCAGAUACAUCAUGUACAACGUGUCCAUGUCUUCCGACGCCAAACUGGGCAUCUACGCCCGCAAGGAUUCUCUCCCCACCCACACCCAGUUUGAUUUUGCUGAGAUGAUGGACGGCAGCCACAUCGUUGUGCCUUCUGGUCGCCGGCGUCGAGCGUCAGAAGUCCGGCGGCAGAGCGGGUUUGUGCAGUACAUGGGAGCCGGACAGUGGCAUAUGGCUGUGUUCAACGACGGGCCACAGCCGCAGAAGGUCCUGCUGAACAACAAGAUCACUGACAACCCGGCCGAGUGUCCAGCAGAGUGCAAUGGCAACGGGGAGUGCAUCACAGGGAUCUGUCAGUGCUACCCUGGCUACAUGGGCAAGGACUGUGCACAUGCUGUAUGUCCAGUGAUCUGCAGUGGGAAUGGUCAGUACCACAACGGCCAGUGUGUGUGCACGGCCGGGUACAAGGGACCUGACUGUAACGUGCCUCCGAACCAGUGCCUCGCCCCGGACUGCAGCGGACACGGAGACUGCAUCGGCGGGCAGUGUCGCUGUGAGCCUGGAUGGACAGGGGAAGACUGCAGCAAACUGACCUGUGAAGACCCCGACUGUACGAACCACGGCAUCUGCAUGGACGGGAAGUGCUUCUGCGAGUCGGGGUGGACGGGAAUCAACUGCGAGAAGGAGGACAACGUCAUCUGCCCCUCGGAGCACUGCUCGGGACACGGCACAUUCGUGGACGAUCCCGGCGUGUGUGUCUGCGAGGAGAACUGGACUGGGCAGGACUGCUCACAGAGUGUGUGUCCGGUGCACUGUGGUCCCCACGGCUUGUGUUCCAGCGGCAGGUGUGUUUGUGACGAGGGGUGGGGAGGGGAGACCUGCGAGGAUCAGGCGUGUUUCGCCGACUGUAACAACCACGGGACGUGCGAGGAUGGCAACUGUGUGUGCGAUCAGGGCUGGAACGGACCAUACUGCGGCACAGAGGGGUGCCCAGGCCUGUGUAACAGCCACGGAACAUGCCAGUACAGCGGCGGGGAGUGGCAGUGUGUGUGUCAUGAUGGGUACCGUGGUCUGGCCUGCGACUUUGCACUGGAGACGGAGUGCAAUGACAGACAAGACAACGAUGCAGAUGGUUUGGAGGAUUGUGAGGACCCUGACUGCUGCUCCAGCCCUGCCUGCCAGAGGCACUACAACUGUCGCCCCACGCCCGACCCGGAGGACAUCCUCGCCCGCCUGAAGCGAACAGUCAACCCAAGCGACACGUUUUACAGCCGUGUGAGGUUCCUGGUGGAGCCGGACAGCGUCCAGGCCGUCAGCCGGGCCAGGGAGCUUCCCUUUGCAGAAAACUUUGUAUCUGUGGUGCGUGGAAGGGUGCUGACAGAUGAUGGCAGUCCCCUCAUGGGAGCAAACAUCUCUGUUGUCCGCAACCGCGUCUAUGGGUACACACUCAGUCGGCAGGAUGGCUGGUUUGACAUCAUGGUGAAUGGCGGUGGCUCCCUCAUGCUGCGUGUGGAGCGCUCCCCGUUCCUCGCCAUCCAGAAGAUGGUCCACGUUCCUUGGAAUGAUGUCAUCGUCAUGGACACCAUCACCAUGACAACAGGCCUCAGCAGCAGCCGUGAGUCGCGGUGUGACAUCAGUGGCGUCGUGUUGCCCAAACCGCUGGUGCUGCCUGCCUGGCCGGGCCGGGAUGUGACUCCCUGUGAGGACCAGGGGAACAUUGUGCCAGAGAUACAGGCCCUGAAGGAGUCAGUCACCCUGACUGGAACCACCGUCCACAUGACCCAGCUCAGUAACCGACAGAACGGGUACAGGACGGUGAUCCACGUGCUCCUGACGCCGCCCACCGUGCCUCCCUCCCUGCACAGGAUCCACCUGCACGUGGCCAUCCAGGGACAGGUGAUGGAGAAGGUGUUCAACGCCGAGCCCAACCUGCUGUACCCGCUGUCCUGGGAUAGGACAGACGCGUACGGACAGCCGGUGUACGGAGUUGCCACAGCAUGGGUAUCUGUUGGGUUUGAGUAUGCUGGAUGUUCAGGAACCCUUUGGGAAAAAGUGGUCAGCCAGGUCAAGGGUUAUGACAUCACCCCACCCGAGCUGGCAGGCUGGUCCCUCAGUCUGCACCACGUGUACGACAACAAACAAGGCAUUGUGUACAAGGGCACUGGAUCCAACAUCUACACCGCUGACCGACCAGCCAUCAUCUCCACGGUGAUGGGCACGGGGCAUCGGCGGGACUCCUCCUGUGCCGGGUGCGAGGGAAAAGCGACGGCCCUGAAACUGCUGUCCCCCAUGGCCCUGGCCGCUGGGAUGGACGGCAGCAUGUACGUCGGAGACUACAACUAUGUCCGCCGAAUCGAGCCAGAUGGUAAUGUUGUCACCAUCAUGAAGAUCAGGUCGGACCCCCCACAGAAGUACUACAUGGCCGUGGACCCGACAGAGGGGACCCUGUACGUGUCGGACAGGAGUUCCCACCAGAUCUACCGCGCCCGCUCCCUCACCAACAUCCGCAACCCUGACAGGAACAUGGAGCUGGUCGCCGGCACUGGCGCACAGUGCCCGCCCAUGGACGAGGAAAGAUGUGGAGAUGGCGGUCCAGCCUUGAGAGCGAGGCUCUACAACCCCAAGGGCAUCGCUGUGGACAACAAGGGUGUUCUGUACUUCCUGGACGGGACGGCCAUCAGGAUGAUUGACACUGACGGAGUUAUCCGUACAGUCCUGAAGAGCCAGAGUCUGGUGGGCAGCGGCACCCCCCUCCCGUGCAAGGGUUCCAUCCCUCUUGAUCAGGUCCAACUACAGUGGCCCACGUCUCUGUCCAUCAACCCAGUCGACAACUCGCUCUACAUCCUGGACAGCGCCGUCGUCCUGCGGGUCUCGGAGAGCCGCCAUGCGUCUGUCAUUGCCGGGGUUACGAGCAGCUGUCAGACGCGUCCUGGUCACCACCAGGCGCACCGCAGCCAGACACCGCUCGAGUCCCCCAGCGCCAUCUCUGUCGGUCCUGACGGCACCCUGUACAUCGCGGAAACCGACCUGCGCCACAUUCACCAGGUACGAAAGGUGCUGCCCGAUGGUUCAGUAGUCCUGAUGGCAGGAGGGAAGACUGACUGUGACUGCCAGGACGACGACAAGUGCAAGUGCUACGCCGGUGACGACGCCCAGUCCCUCAGCGCCAUCCUCAACUCUCCCAGCGCCCUGGCCGUGACGCCGGACGGAACGCUGCACAUCGCCGACCAGGGCAACCUCCGCGUACGGAUCGUGUCCCGCUUCGUGCCCCAGAUGACGUCGGAUAACGUGUACGAAGUCGCGUCCUCCGACGGCCAGGAGCUGUACAUGUUCAACCAGGCCGGCCAGCACCAGUAUACAGAAGACCUGGUGACUGGCAUCAUCACCUACAACUUUACCUACGACCGGCAGGGCCGUCUGUCUGGAGUGAUCGACACUCACGGGAACACGCUUCAGGUCCACCACGAUGCACGCAAGAUAAUCCUGCUGACCAAGUGGCGACAUGGUCUGGAGAUGAGCCUGGACGAGAAGGGACGGGUGACCAAGGCGAGCCACACCGACGGCAGGGAGACCAGCUACACCUACUUCAACAGCACAGGGCUGAUCACCAGUAGGGAGGACAGGCUGGGGUGGACCAGCUUCUAUGAGUACAACAGGAAUGGCUGGUUACAGAAGGUGGUGUACCCGACUGGGGAGACAGUGAGGCUGAGAGGAGGCGGCGGCCGAACCAUGGCCAUGGUGGACGUCAUACAGAAGAGCGGGGACACCUUGACUCUGACCGCCGACCACAGCACUGGGGCGCUGGCAGCCACACAGGGCCUUCUCCACUCCUCCUCCACCCGUACCCAGGACGGUUCCACCACCAUCAUGUACCCAGACGGCACUGAGGUCGCCAUGGAAACUAGGCCACACCCACUCCUGGGGCCCGACAUGCCCGUGCUCGCCAAGCGGAAGAUCACCAUCUCGCCGGAGCUCGUGAACCGCGUCGAGUGGCGGUGGUUUAUCCGUCGGCGAGGCGGGAAACGGAACGACAGGAAGGUUUCGAUGGUCGGACGGCGCAUCCGGGUGAAUGGCAUUAACGUGCUGUCUCUGGAAUACGACCGGGAGGCCCGUAGCGAGCGCAUAUACGACGACCACCUCAAGUUCAUGUUGACGAUCAACUACAACGAAGCCGGCCAGCCCAUCAAGUGGGUCUCCAACGACGAGCUCGCUCCGGUGAAUGUGUCGUACGACAGCUCAGGUCGGAUGACGGGAUGGCAGUGGUCGGACAUGGUGGAACAGUGGCAGUACGACCGCCAGGGCAGGACCUCUGUUCGCACCGAAGCCGACGGCUUGGCUUGGUCGUACACCUAUGAAGUCAGGGGUAAUCAGAAGGUUGUUCGGUUGUCCACUCCUGGGAACCGGGAGUACAGCUACUACUACGACUUGGGCGGCCAUCUUGCUGCUGUUACCAACCCGAGCAACACCCACCACACUCUGUCCACCCAGCUGUCUGCCACCUCCUACAGGAACACGUACACCGCCCCCGACGGCAAGGUCACAUACAUGCAGGACUUCAACUACGCCGGGCAGCCUCUGCUCGUCCAGUACCCAAACUCACAGCUACGAGUCGUGUAUCGUUAUGGAUCACGUGGUGAGCUUACGGAGAGACUCCUGGGGGACGUCCGCGUGAAAUACGACUACGACGACCGCUCCGGGCGGCUCAACCGCGUCAGCCUGUUGGAUGGUAAUAAUGCAUGCAUUGUGCGUUACCACCACCUAGGGCCUCUCAUCGACCGACAGACCGUACGCUUCGUGGACCAGACUUGGGCUGGCUCCAAGUUCAUCUACGAGUACGACACAAACUUCCGGGUCACUUCAGUCAAAGCAGAUAUCGGGACUGUCUCUCUCCCUGCCAUUACCUACAACUACGAUCUCACCCUCGGCAAGAUGGAGCAUUUCGGCUCCUUCGAGGUGAUGUACUAUGGCAGCGGGCAGAUCGUCAGCAACUCCAACAUGACACUGACCAAGCAGCUGGACAGGACUGGGCGAGUUCAGAACGUCCAGUAUGAGAUUCGCGGGCAGAUUGUGCAUCUGAUGGCGUUGCAGUACAACAACCUCGGUAACGUGAAGGCAAUGAGUUUGCAGCGUGGAGCCACCGUCAACGCCACUCGCUGGGAGUUCCAGUACGACGCGGACGGUCAGCUCGAGACGGCGUCGAAGGAAGGCGGGCUGGUGUGGCGCUACAGCCAUGACAAUGACGGCAACAUCAUCAUCAUAACCGAGGACGCAUCGCAGACUGUUCUGAUCUACGACGCCAAGGGGCACAUCAGGCGCGCGGGUGGGACCCUGUACUUCAUGGAUGAGGAUGGCUUCGUGGUGAGAAGAGACGAUGUCCAGUACGAGUACUCCUCUGACGGGUUGCUCAGGCACGUGGUGAAGCCGGGUGUCUUCGAAAUCUGGUACAAACUGGACGGACUGGGCCGCCGCGUGUCUCGUCAAGACCUAGCCGGCAACCACAUCCAGUACUUCUACGGAGACCUGUCGAACCCAACGCGCAUGACGCACAUCAUGAACCACUCCAACGGGGAAGUCCUCACGCUGCACUACGACAUCCAGGGACUUCUGUUCGCCACCGAAAGCAACCUGGGGGUCUGGACGUACGUGGUAACAGACCACAUGGGUUCUCCCCUGGCUCUCUUCAAUGCACAGGGCCAGCUCAUCAAGGAGAUCCAGUACAGUCCAUACGGACAGGUGGUCUACGAUUCAGCGCCUAGUGUGGAGUUUGUGAUCGGCUACCACGGUGGACUGUACGACCCUGUCACUAGGCUGGUACACAUCAAGGGGAGGGAGUAUGACCCUGCCAUUGCUCGCUGGUACUCCCCUGACCACAAAAUCUGGAAGAAGAUCGCCCAGAACCCCAGCCCCGUGGCGCUGUAUCAGUAUAGGGGGAACAACCCACUGAGGAGAGAGCUGCAUAGGAACUACAUGGGAGAUGUUGAGAGCUGGCUGUGUGCUCUGGGCUUCAGUCUCCACAGUGUGGUUCCCCAGCUGGACGCUUAUGGACACCUGGACACAGGCGACAUCAGCUGCCAGAGACAGAGGGAAGGGCAGCAGCAGCCUAAGCCACAAACCAACCAGAUCAUCCCAGCCCUACACUGUCACACGGACCACAACGCCAAGACCUUCCUGACUCUUCAGGCCACCACCAAGUCGGGGCUUGUGUCUCCCAUAGCAACGGCCACACCCGGAGACAUCUACGGCAUUCAGGAGUCCAGCGUAAGGCAGGUGGUGUUAGGUAUUGAGGAUGGGAACGUGCGUCCGCAUCUCAAGUCAUCGGCCCGGCCAGAGUACAACAUUCUUGGCAGUGUCUUGAAUGGAAGCCUGUUCCUUGAACAGUAUCACUUUACUAUCGAUGGCAAAGACGUCCACUAUUUUGUCAAAAGGGACGCAAGUGCUGCAGAGGAAGACCUACAGAAGUUGAGAUUGCAAAGCACUUCGAGAUCGAUUCUUGGUGCCUACUUGAACGCCUCGCGUCACGAGCCUCUGCCAGGCCAGACCGAGGUACGCUUUGAGGGGGUCAACUCCAUUCUGAGUUUGCAAUACGGAGACCUAGACAUCAUACAAAAGAGAAUACUGGACAGAGCCAAAGUAAGAGGAACGGAUAUCAUCUGGACUCAAGAGUUAGCUCUAGUGGAGCAGGGUUUGACUACAAAGUGGGACAGUGCACAGCAGGCGGACAUGCGGACUUACGGACAGGUUCCCACGUAUGGUGCCCUGUACAUACGCCCCUCACUACAGUACCCAGAAAUGGCAGACGAUCCCAGAAAUAUCAAACUGGUGCCUCUCACCAGUCUAGACUCUGAAACAGAGGCAAGAAGGAGGAGAAGAAGAAGAUAGCCAGGAGAGAGAACUCUGAAUUCAUAAAUGUAUACUAAUUUUAAAGGGGGGAAUGUACAAACAUAUAGUAACAUAGCUGGAAGCUACUGAAACACAAGUUGAACCAACGUUUGCUUGGGUCUCGAACAUCAAUAACAUUUGUGGUAACUCCCUUCGCGGAGACGUUUUUUGCAGUGAUAUGUGGGAAAGCAUGAAGAUUUCUAAUUCUAGAGAUAUUUAUUAUUGUUUUAAAUGUGAAAAGUUAUGUUUUAUUUUGUAUUGAGAGGGUAAUAAGAGAGAAGAGAAAGCUGUAUCAUAUGUACAAACUUAACUAGGAAGCCAUGGUUGAUUAGAGAGAGUAGAGAAAGUGAAAGAUUGCCUGUAAAAGCUGAAGCUUCUACUUAUGCUAGAAUUUGUAUUUUUGAUAGUGAUACUUUUAAAUCUAAUUCCUUGGAAAGAGUGAGUUUCCUGAAAGGUUUCUGUACAUAAGAAUGUUCGACAGGCGGACAAUAAGAAAGGUUUUCUUCCCUUUAAGGAAGCAACAACCUUUCAAGAAAAGAAAUUCCUGUCAGGAUGCCUUUUAGUGGCCUGUAUGCAUGCAGCUCUUUCGAAGAGGCUGAAAUUGCUUGGUACAUAUCCUCGCAAACAAUGCAGAAAUUAGGUGAUUGCUUCUGACUAGAAGCAAAAGAUUGUGGCGCAUCUAUUCGAGAUAGAUUAUUUCAACAAACAAGCAGGCAAAUCACUUAGAAUGGUAAACACUAGUGCAAUGUGUGACUGUGUUGCACAAAUGUUUUGGAUUUUGACAUAUUUCACUGUGCCAACAUUGUCGUAGUACAUUUUAAUGAUUUCCUCUCUAUUUCUUAGGUGUGUUUGAGCCUUAUGUGUCACUCCUAUGAAAUGUCAUAUCUAACAGAAGUAGUAAUGUCACCAGACCCUGUAAUGUUUCUAGUCCAAAAUGUUUCUUAGACAAUAUUAGCUUACUAUCUCUAUGUGUGCCCAUUUUGAGGCCAACUAUGUACACUAGCAACCUCUCAGUUACUUACAUACUUGAUGUGAUGAAGGUAGUUUAUUUUGAAGUGCCUUUGUACUUGUCCAUCCAAGUGGAAAAAUGAUGAAAGUUGCAUUGUGACUGUUCAUAAUUUUGUACUUUGUAUUGAUCGAUGCCAAUGACUGAGUGUGUACUUCAAGAGUACAUUUGAAAUGACCACAAAUCGUGUGUUGAUCUCACUGACUGCUAGUCACUAACAUGUACAAGGUAGUGAAUUUAUUUCGACGGCACCUGUAGUUUUUUCUAUGCAAAUCUCAUACUAGCAUUUCUUCAGAACUCUGUUUUAGACACCUUAUCUUAGAAACAUAGUUUUGUUAUGAAAAGUGUGGUGCUUGGUAGUCUUCUUAUCAUAGAUGUGAAAUGAUUUAGACAACUUCACAUUUUAUACUGAGCGUAGCUCUCUGUAAAUGAUCAGCAUUAGAGAAAUAAUUAAGUUCGACAUUUCCUAUUGUGAUAAAUUCCCUACAAACGUGUAUGUAAAUAAGAUGAAAUGUCUUGUGAUGCUGAUGCAAAUAAAGUUCCCUGGAAACUUA